AUGUCAUCGCGUCGUGCAUCUCUCGGUACACUAGUGUUUACUUACUAUCCUCUAUGUUUAACAUGUGCAACAACAAUAUUGAAUAGUUUGACAUUGAUAAUUUUCUAUCAAAAAGUAUUUCGUCAACGACCAACUAUCCGUUACAUGCGUGUCAUAGCAUUGAUUGAUAUAGUUCUUCUUUAUGGUUGGAAUUUAGAUCAUUUUUUUCGUUUAAAAUUUGAUUUUGAAGUUGAUCGAUUAUCAGUAAUAUCAUGCAAAUUGUCAACAUAUUUAAAUCAUUUUUUAAAUCAAUCAUCAGCAUGGUUACGUGUAUGUAUGUGUAUUGAUCGGUUUUAUGCAUUAAAUCAAAUUCGACAUUGUCGAAUAAAUGAUCGCCACCGUCGUGUUAUAUUCUCUAUUGUUUUUACUUUUAUUAUUAUAGCACUUAUUAAUAUACACUUACCUAUAUUUGCAUGUUAUUCUCAUCACAAUGGCACACGAAUAUCAGGUAAUUCACGUUCGUUUCAUCUAUAUCCAUCAUGGAGUUAUAUAAAUUUAGCAUUAUAUAAUAUAAUACCUUUUAUUUUAAUGUUAAUCUUUAAUCUAUUAAUUAUUCGACAUUUAAUUUUAAUAAAACGAACAUCAUUAUUACAACAAUCUCGUAUUCGACAUUCAUCAAUAUCAAUACCCAUACUUUUAUCAGCAUUUCUCUUUUGUUUAAUGACAACACCACCUGCCGUUAUAUUUGGCUUUUUUCAUACACAACUUCAAACAGUCGCAUUUCAACAUAUUGUAUUAAGUCUUUUAGAUUCGAUUAAAUAUACUUAUCAUUCGCUAUCAUUUUUAUUAUAUUUUGUAACAUUAGCUGAAUUUCGAAAAGAAUUCUUUCGUUUAUUCCAAUGUCGAUGUAGAAAUAGACAAAGAUUAUCACAAAUUAUAAAUUCUAUUACAGCUGGCAAAGCCAAUCAAUAUAAAACAGCAUCAUUACCGAUUUCAGCAAUUACAAAAUGA